AUGCACGUCCCCGCCCUCGCCUUAGCCCUCUCCCUCCUCCUCACCCCUAUGGUCCUCGCUAUCCCCAACGCAAACCCAGCACUGGCACCCAAAAACCUGAUUGAAAACAGAGUGCAGCGACAAAUCGUUAAGCCUAGUGAUAGUGUGGCCUUCUGCCCCUCCCCCGGCACAGCCUACUGCUGCAACAGCAAUUCGCGCACGCGCGGAACCCUCUGCAAGUGGAAUGGAGAUGGUCAUUUGGCGGGCUGUGAACUUAUCACGGGGGGUGAGAGCGUUUGUUGUACGACACUAGAGUGUAAGGGGAUGGCGGGGUUGAGCGAUCCGAUUACUGCUAUUUAG